GCGAGUAUGAGAAACAUGGCGGAAAGCGAGUUGAACGUUGACAGCCUCAUCUCUCGAUUACUGGAAGUGAGAGGAUGUCGUCCAGGGAAGAUCGUACAGAUGACGGAGGCUGAGGUGCGGGGGCUCUGCAUCAAGUCCAGAGAGAUUUUCCUCAGUCAGCCAAUCCUGCUAGAACUGGAGGCUCCACUCAAAAUCUGUGGUGAUAUCCAUGGACAGUACACAGACUUGCUGAGGCUAUUCGAGUAUGGAGGUUUCCCUCCAGAGGCCAACUAUCUGUUCCUGGGGGAUUACGUGGACAGAGGGAAACAGUCUCUGGAGACAAUCUGCCUGCUGCUCGCCUACAAGAUCAAAUACCCAGAAAACUUCUUCUUGCUCAGGGGGAACCACGAGUGUGCCUCCAUCAAUCGCAUCUACGGCUUCUACGAUGAGUGCAAGCGCAGGUUCAACAUAAAGCUCUGGAAGACGUUCACAGACUGUUUUAAUUGCCUGCCCAUUGCUGCGAUUAUUGAUGAGAAGAUCUUCUGCUGCCAUGGAGGGCUCUCACCUGAUCUACAGUCCAUGGAACAAAUUCGACGCAUUAUGAGACCCACUGACGUUCCAGAUACAGGCUUGCUGUGUGACCUCCUGUGGUCGGACCCAGACAAAGACGUCCAGGGAUGGGGGGAGAACGAUCGGGGAGUUUCCUUCACCUUCGGGGCCGACGUUGUCAGCAAGUUCCUCAACCGCCACGACCUGGAUCUCAUCUGCCGAGCACAUCAGGUUGUAGAAGACGGAUACGAGUUCUUUGCCAAGAGACAGCUGGUGACGCUGUUUUCUGCCCCCAACUAUUGCGGGGAGUUUGACAACGCAGGCGGCAUGAUGAGUGUGGAUGAGUCCCUUAUGUGCUCCUUUCAGAUUCUGAAGCCGUCAGAAAAAAAAGCAAAGUACCAGUACGGCGGGGUGAAUUCAGGACGCCCAAUCACCCCGCCUCGCACCACUCAGGCACCUAAAAAGAGGUGAGUGGCUGGCCCUGACUCUCCUGCUCCUCCCCCAGCUGGUCUCUGGCCCAUGUCUCUGCAGCCUGCCUCAAACACUCCAGCCUUUUCUCAGUAAGCUUGUUCAUGUAAACAGAUACUCCAGGAGUGUAUUUUGCUUGUUCUGUGGGUAUUUUUAUGAACACGAGUGGUAUUUUUUCCAUUUUUUUGAAUCCAUUGUAUGUAUUAACUCAGCUCUCAUUUCUACUACUCAGUCCAUUCAACAAUAUUAAAACCAACCCUUUGUGGAAUGGACAUGAUGUUCAGAAAAGAUGCUUCUCUGCCUUUUAGAUUAACAACUUCCAUUGUGAUUUUGUGAAUGCAUGCACACUUAUGAGACUGAGAUGGGUUCUUUGCUGUCGCCAAUGUAAAAUCCUCCCAGAAAGACACAGAGAAGGUAAUGUCCAUGUAAUUUACCUAAUUACUGCCAUUGUUCCCUUCUAUAUUGGCCAAAAGUAGAAAAGGAAUAGUUAGACAUUAGACAUUUUGGGAAAUAAGCUUAUUUGCUUUCUCUUCGACUUAAGAAUGUUAUUCCUCCACAUGGAGAUAUCACUAAAAUCCUGAGAUUUUGAUGAUAAAAGUGCAAUAAAUAUCAAUAGAAAUCUUGCCAAAUGCAAGAAAAAACAUUUGUAAAGGCCAUUAAAGCCUAUUUGAACUUUGAAAACCUGUCACAGCCGACUCUUGCUUUAUCUUCACUAGGGCAUUCAUAGAUAAUAGAUUAUCUGCAUUAAAUAAGUGUUUCCAGCUCUCAACAUUUUUUACCCCUCACAUCUCUGAACAAGCAUUUGUGAUUGUUGAAGAGCAGAGUUUCCAUUAUUGGUAUGAAGUAGGGAAAAAAAAGCAAUGCAGUAGUGUAACAGGUUCCUUUUUUUUGUUCUGAUGUAAAUUCAGUGUCUGUGGAAAUGUGGGAACCAAACAUCAGUGAGCACUUUGAGUUUGUGUCCUUUAGUCUGGUGAGUAAAGUAAGUGUGUAGAAACGUAGAGAUGGAUAUGCCAAUGCAAGAUGACGGUAUAUAAAAGAAAUGUCACAAACAGUACAGGAGUAAAAAACUAGGCCAAGUGGAGACUGAUGAAGACUAAAAACCAGUUCUCAGUAUAUUAAUUUUUACGACUUGAAAAGCUGUUAGUUCUCCACAUCAGUGGAUGUCGACCUCUCUCACAUGUUGCACUUCCAGUCAUCGCAUGACAUUGUAAAGAGGUCAAAAUCAUCAAGUCAAUACAAUAUUGUUUGUUGUUGGCAUUAUGCUAGUUAUAUUACAUUGUUCCCACUCAGUGGUUUUUGAACGCAGUACAGUAAAUCAUUUCCACUAAUUAACAUUUAACCUAUGUAUUUUUUUUAUUUCAAUCUUGCCUUUUGCCUUGUACAUCUAUUGGUCUUCAAGUUGGAAACAGUAUGUAAAGACUUUCUGAGAUUUGUAUGAGUUUGUUUCAAACGAGUGAAAUAAAUGGAAGUGCUGUUGA